AGGCGGCCACCCCUUAUAGAGUUACCAUCUACGGGGUGAUCCGGGGCCAUAGGACACCGGUGCUCUCUGCCGAGGCCUCCACAGGGGAACCUCCCAGUUUGGGAGAGGUCACGGUGUCCAAGGUGGGCUGGGAUGCCCUCAAACUCAACUGGACUGCUCCGGAAGGAGCCUAUGAACAGUUUUUCAUUCAGGUGCAGGAGACUGACGCGGAAGAGGCAGCCCAGAACCUCACAGUCCCGGGAGGACUGAGGUCCGUGGACCUGCCUGGGCUCAAAGCAGCCACUCAUUAUAGCGUCACCAUCCAUGGGGUCACGCAGGACUUCAGCACGACUCCUCUCUCUGUUGAAGUCUUGACAGAGGAGGUUCCAGAUCUGGGAAACCUCACAGUGACCGCGGUCCACUGGGAUGGCCUCAGUCUGGACUGGACCGCCCCCGAUGGGAUCUAUGAGCAGUUUAUCAUUGAGAUCCAGGAGGCUGACCAGGCCAAGGAAGCUCACAGUCUCACGGUUCCUGGCAGCCUGCGCUCUGUGGACAUCCCGGGCCUCAGGGCCGGAACUCCUUACACGGCCACCCUGCAUGGCCAGGUCAGAGGCCGCAGCACUCCACCCCUUGUUGUGGAGGCCGUCACAGAGGAGCUCCCCCAGCUGGGGGACUUAACCGUGACCGAGGCUGGCUGGGAUGGCCUCAAACUCAACUGGACCGCAGCUGACCAGGCCUAUGAGCACUUUGUCAUUCAGGUGCAGGAGACCAACAGGAUGGAGGCAGCUCAGAACCUCACGGUUCCCGGCAGCCUGCGGGCUGUGGACGUCCCGGGCCUCAAGGCGGCCACCCCUUAUAGAGUUACCAUCUACGGGGUGAUCCGGGGCCAUAGGACACCGGUGCUCUCUGCCGAGGCCUCCACAGCCACAGGACCUGAAAUUGGAAACUUAACUGUUUCUGACAUAACUCCUGAGAGCUUCAAUCUCUCCUGGACAGCCACCGAUGGGGCCUUCGAGACCUUUACCAUUGAAAUUGUUGAUUCCAAUAGGUUCUUGGAGACGAUGGAAUAUAAUAUCUCUGGUGCUGAACGAACUGCCCACAUCUCAGGGCUACACCCUAAUAAUCAUUUUGUUAUCUACCUCUCGGGACUCGCUCCCAGCAUCCGGACCCAAGUCAUCAGUGCCAUGGCCACCACAGUAGCCGAACCUCUCCUUAGCCACCUCACUAUCUCAAAUGUGACCUGGGCCAGUGUGUCCCUCUCGUGGAAAGCCCAGGAGGCUACCUUUGAUAGCUUUCUUAUAGAAGUUAGGAAUUCUGACCCCCGCCAGGAGACGGUGGUGCAUUCUGUGCCCGCAGCAUCUCGCAGCUCUGUCAUCACCAACCUCAAACCUUCUUCUAAUUACACUGCCCACCUUCACGGGCUGAUGGGCGGGCACCGUGUUCAGACUCUGAUGGCCCAGGCAACCACAGAGCCAGAGCCACAGUUGGGCACGCUAAUCCUUAGCAAUGUUACUCCUGACAGCUUCAACGUGUCCUGGACCGCUCGAGCCGGGCCUUUUGCAAAGAUUGUUGUCAAUGUUAGCGAUUCUCACUCGCUGUAUGAGCCCCAGCAAUUCACGGUCUCAGGAGACACACAGCACGCUCACGUCACGGGCUUGGUGGAGAACACUGGCUAUGACGUUAGCGUGGCAGGGACCACCUCGGCUGGGGACCCCACCAGGCCCCUCACUGCCUUUGUCAUGACAGAGGCCCUGCCCCUUCUGGAAAACCUAACCAUUUCCGACAUUAAUCCCUACGGGUUCACAGUUUCCUGGAUGGCAUCGAAGAAUGCCUUUGACAGCUUCCUAGUAACGGUGGUGGAUUCUGGGAAGCUGCUGGACCCCCAGGAAUUCACACUUUCAGGAACCCAGAGGAAGCUGGAGCUUAGAGGCCUCAUAACUGGCAUUGGCUAUGAGGUUAUGGUCUCUGGCUUCACCCAAGGGCACCAAACCAAGCCCUUGAGGGCUGAGAUUGUUACAGAAGCCGAGCCAGAGGUGGACAACCUUCUGGUUUCAGAUGCCACCCCAGAUGGUUUCCGUCUGUCCUGGACAGCUGAUGAAGGGGUCUUCGACAAUUUUGUUCUCAAAAUCAGAGAUACCAAAAAGCAGUCUGAGCCACUGGAAAUAACACUACUUGCCCCCGAACGAACCAGGGACAUAACUGGUCUCAGAGAGGCCACUGAGUAUGAAAUUGAACUCUAUGGAAUAAGCAGUGGAAAGCGAUCCCAACCAGUCCGAGCCCUAGCAACCACAGCCAUGGGCUCUCCAAAGGAGAUCAGUUUCUCAGACAUCACUGAGGAUUCGGCCACGGUCAGCUGGAUGGCGCCCUCUGCCCAGGUGGAGAGCUUCCGGAUUACCUACGUGCCCAUUGCAGGAGGGACACCGUCAGUGGUAACUGUGGAUGGAACCAAGACUCAGACCAGGCUGCUGAGGCUCUUACCUGGAGCAGAGUACCUUGUCAGCGUCAUCGCCAUGAAGGGCUUCGAGGAAAGCGAACCAGUCUCAGGCUCGUUCAGCACAGCUCUGGAUGGCCCAUCUGGCCUGGUGACAGCCAACAUCAGCGACACAGAAGCCUUGGCCAUGUGGCAGCCAGCCAUUGCCCCCGUGGAUAGUUAUGUCAUCUCCUACACAGGGGAGAAAGUGCCAGAAAUUACACGCACAGUGUCCGGGAACACGGUGGAGUACGCUCUGACCGACCUCGAGCCUGCCACGGAGUACACGCUGAGGAUCUUUGCAGAGAAAGGGCCCCAGAAGAGCUCAGUCAUCACUACCAAGUUCACAACAGACCUUGAUUCUCCAAGAGACUUGACUGCUACUGAGGUUCAGUCAGAAACUGCCCUCCUCACCUGGAGACCCCCCCGAGCAUCUGUCACCGGCUACCUAUUGGUGUAUGAAUCCGUCGAUGGUACAGUCAAGGAAGUCAUUCUGGGUCCAGAAACCACCUCCUAUAGCCUGGCGGAGCUGAGCCCCUCCACCCACUACACGGCCAAGAUCCAGGCAUUGAAUGGGCCCCUGAGGAGCAAGCUGGUCCAGACAGUCUUUACCACAAGUGGACUCCUGUACCCAUUCCCCAGGGACUGCUCCCAAGCAAUGCUGAAUGGAGACACGACCUCUGGCCUCUACACCAUUUACCUGAAUGGUGAUAAGGCCCAGGCUCUGGAAGUCUUCUGCGACAUGACCUCUGAUGGGGGUGGAUGGAUCGUGUUCCUGAGACGCAAGAAUGGACGUGAGGAUUUCUAUCGCAACUGGAAAGCCUAUGCUGCUGGGUUUGGGGACCGCAGAGAAGAAUUCUGGCUUGGGCUGGACAACCUGCACAAAAUCACAGCCCAAGGGCAGUACGAGCUGCGGGUGGACCUGCGCGACCACGGGAAGACCGCGUACGCCGUCUACGACAAGUUCAGCGUGGGGGACGCCAAGACCCGCUACAAGCUGAAGGUGGAGGGUUACAGCGGGACCGCAGGUGACUCCAUGGCUUACCACAACGGCAGAUCCUUCUCCACCUUCGACAAGGACACAGACUCAGCCAUCACCAACUGCGCCCUGUCCUACAAGGGGGCUUUCUGGUACAAGAACUGUCACCGUGUCAACCUGAUGGGGAGGUACGGGGACAACAACCACAGUCAGGGCGUUAACUGGUUCCAUUGGAAGGGCCACGAAUAUUCCAUCCAGUUUGCUGAGAUGAAGUUGAGACCCAGCAACUUCCGAAAUCUCGAAGGCAGGCGCAAGCGGGCAUAAAUUCCAGGAACGACUAACUGGGUGGGAGAGGAGUAGGGCCCAGAGGAAGAAGCAAAUUUUACCAAAGUCUCAGUACAAACCCAUCCAACCAUCAAGCCACACCCGGGCAUUUGGCAGGAGCUAAAGCUGACCGUGGGUCAUCGGGGCGAUGGCAGGAGCGCUGGCCCCACCUACUCUGCAAGUACGUCCUACGCACCAAAGACAACAGUCUCCACAGGUGUCUGCUUGUUGUUUGAAUCGGCAAACAUCUUCCAGUGAUGGUGUCAUGGUGGUUGUCCUUCUCUUGGGUGGCUCUGGGAAUGGGAGAGGGGUAGGCUGUACAGUGGUAGUUUGUGUUAGAACCAGCUGUAUUUUACACAAAGCUGUAUGAGUAUCAUUAUUUUUGUUCGCAAUGAUUCGGUGUGCAUCAUGGGAGGCCGUCCCCCGCCCCUUUUUUUACAUUUCAUGCAACAAAAACCAGAAAAGCAAUACUGUUUCGAUUUUAAGGAUACGAUUAAUAUUAUUAAUAUAAUAAUAAUGACGAUGAAAACUAAGAAUUUUUAAAGAGAGCUUCCUUUCCAAAACACAUCUGGACAGUACCUGAUUGUAUGUUGUUGUUUUUUUUUUUAAUAAAAGCACAAGUACUUUUAAA